AUGGUCCUGGUGUCCUCUGGUUCUGAACUUUCAAUUGUAACUCCUCUGAUGACUUACCGUAAGCUGGAGAGUCUGAUAAGCCGUUGGAACCUUGAGCUAGAGAAUCAUGAGAAACACUUUCUUCAUCAUGCCACUCGGGUCAAUGCUUGGGACCGUACAUUGAUUGAUAAUGGUGACAAGAUUAUUACUUUACAUGGAGAAGUGGAAAAAGUGAAAUUGUGUCAGAAAAGGUUGGAAACAGAAUUGGAUUUUAUCCUGUCACAGCAUAGUGAACUAGAAGAUCUGUUGAUCCCUUUAGAGGAGUCUGUGAAGGAUGAGAGUGGAUCGAACAAUCUGCAAUAUGCAGUUGGGCAGCAUGAGUGGACUUACAAAUUAGCAGAAAAUACAGAUGCUCAGCUGAAACUUAUUUCCCAAGAUCUCAAGGACAUUAUUGGAUACCUGAAUGCAUUUGAAAGUCCUACUGACACUACUGACCCAAUCCAACAGAUCUGUAAAAUUCUGAAUGCUCAGAUGGAGUCUCUGCAGCAUAUUGAUCAAAAUUCAGGCUUGCUGCAAAGGAAGGUAGAAGAAAUAACACAGGUUUUCCAGGAUUAUCAUCGCAGUGAAAACUAUUACAAUAUGAGGACUGCCUUUGAUUGA